AUGGAUACUACGCUGGCAGAAAUCAGUGCAGCGCUCGCGUAUUUGGAUAGUGCUAUCAGUGGUGGACGCGCUGAGGAAGAAAAUCAGCUCAACCCAGAAGCGGCUUUGAAAAGGAUAAAAAAGUGCGGGUUCUAUGUAAGCUUGGAGAAAUGCAAUUUAUGUCAGUCACAGAUCAGGUGUCUGGAAUCGACUCUUAAUAAAGAUGGUCGCAAACCAGAUUCAGAGAAGGUUAAGGUGAUAGUCGAUGUGGCCCACAAAUUUACAAAUGCCAGCCAAUUACGAUCAUUUUCAGGGAUGAUUAGUUAUUAUGGGAAAUACUUAAGGAAUAUGCAUACACUUCGUGAGCCACUGAACAGAUUAUUACUCAAAGAAGUGGAAUUUUAUUGGCCAGAACAGUAUAAAAGAACGUUUGAGAUAGUAAAAAAGAUCUUACAAUCGGAUUUACUCAUUUCUGCAAACUGUUUUGCAUUCUAA